AUGGAAAACAAGGCCUCUCAACCUACAGAAGAUGGUCAGGAAUCAAACUCUGCAACCGAGGCUAUAGCUGAAGUGCUUGCUAAGAACACUAAGAAGCCAAGGUUUCUUCAGCAUGUGAGGAUCCAGCAUGUCCAUGCGAGAUCCAGUGUAGAAGUGGCAACGGAGAAGAGGGACAAUGUCAAGCUUCGGGCACAUGUUGACACCUUGACCAAGCUGUUGAAGGAGUCUGAAGAAGCAAGGAUCAGGGAAGACGAUGAGCACAAGAAGAGAGAUGAGGAGAACAUGAAGAAGCAAGUUGUGGUGGAUGCAAAACUAGACUUUUUGCUAAUGCAUGUGGAGAUGUAA